UUCACAUCUCAUUCCUCACCCGCUGUAACCCCCCUCCCCUCUCCCUUGGACGAAAAAGAGGCAGCUCGAAAAGGUUGUUUCAUCCCUUCUACUACCUACUCCUCCUUGUCCGACCGGUACAUCACCAGUUCACCCAAGUGAUUCUUCGCAUCACCCAUCGCGACCGUGGUUCAGCGUCCUGUGGUGACUGGCCGUCUCAUCUUCGGCUCAGCUAAUUCCUCUCCGGCCCCCCUCCUCCCCUCUCGUUUGAUCAUUCCGAAUCGACUUGAGGGUUUCAUAUCCUACCCGCGGUGACCGUUCACCUGCCAUGGCACCCUCCUCGCGCGACCCCUUUGGCCAGGUCCUCAAGAACCUGGCCCUCAUCGCCCUGAGCCUCGCCUUUUUGCCCUUGAACACGGUCCUGCUGUUCGCGUGCUAUACCUGGCAGCACCUGCGUCCCGGCCGGGCUUCCGGCACUCCCGGCACUCCCGGCGCUCCCGAUACGGCGGACCAACGGCAACCGCUGCGUCGCCGGACCAUCCUCGUCACCGGCGUCGGCAUGACCAAAGGCCUCACAUUGGCACGCCUGUUCCACAAAGCCGGCCACCGCGUCGUCGGCGCCGACUUCUCCCCCCACGCCUGCGGCAGCAGGUCCCGCGCGCUGUCCGCCUACCACGUCCUCCAGAAGCCUAGCCGCGGAAGCGCCGACCCUUACCUCGACUCGGUGCUCAGGGUCGUCAAGCAAGAAGAGGUUGAUCUCUGGGUCAGCUGCUCGGGCGUCGGCUCCGCCGUCGAGGACGGCAUCGUCAAGGAGGUCCUCGAGGCUCGCACCGGCUGCCGUGCUGUGCAGUUCGACGUCGCGCGCACCCAGGUGCUGCACGAGAAGGACUCCUUCAUGGAGCACACGCGCGAGACAGGGCUGCGCGUGCCCGAGUCCUAUCUCGUCACGAGCCGCAACGAGAUGAUUGCCGCGCUCGAGGGCGCCGCCGCGGGGCUGUCGUACGACUCGGAAGGGGAGGCCGCCAAGCCGCCGAGGGCCAGGAGGCCGCGCUUCAUCGCCAAGUCGGUCGGCGUCAACGACAGGGGCCGCGGCGACAUGACGCUGCUGCCGCUGCCGACGGAGAAGCAGACGUACGACCACAUCUACCGCCUCGAGUGGCUGGGCUUGUCGGACAAGGAGCCCUGGCUGCUGCAGGAGUUCAUCGACGGCCACGAGUUCUGCACGCACUCGCUCGUCGUGCGCGGCAGGGUGCGCGCCUUCGUCGCGUGCCGCUCGGCGGAGCUGCUGAUGCACUACGUCGCGCUGCCGCCCGAGUCGUCACUGUCGCUCGCGAUGCUCGAGUUCACGAGAAAGCAGGCCACGUCGUUCGGGGAGAGCUUCACGGGCCACCUGAGCUUCGACUUCAUGGUGACCGACACGGACGUGGCCGUGGCCAAGAUGAGCAGUCCCGAGCAGCUGGCGUUGUAUCCCAUCGAGUGCAACCCUCGGGCGCACACGGCCGUCGCGCUGUUUGGGGACACGCCGGACUUGGUGGAGCAGUACCUCGCCGUCCUCGAUGACGAUGAUGAUAAUGACGACGACAAGUCUGGGGAGAGGCUCGGUGUUGAGGUGGUGACGCCACGGAAGCCGACCAACUACUACUGGAUCGGCCACGAUCUUCUGACGCUCCUCCUGCUCCCUACGGCGCAGCUCCUGCUCUUCCGUACGUCGUUGGCGGCGUAUGGACGCUCCGUCAAGACGUUUGCCGAGCACAUCCUGUUCUGGAAGGACGGCACAUUCGAGCCGUGGGACCCACUGCCGGCGUGGUGGCUGUACCACGUCUACUGGCCCUCGGUGUUCUGGAACUGCAUCGUCAACUGGCGGUGCUGGAGCCGCAUCAACGUGAGCACUACAAAGAUGUUUGAGUGCGACUGAGUUCAAAGCAGAGGACACGUUGGGCUAUGCAUGUAUGUUGUGGGGAGGAUGUUGAAUGAACCGGGUCCGACAGGGCGCCAUGCGAAGGACUCGUUCACCGGCAUGUAAAGCUGCAAAGAUGCUUCCCAAAAGAUUAGACAUUGCACGAAGCAGUUCCAAUGAUGCGGUAUUCAUUUUGGAAAGUGAAACGGAAAAGAAAACGAAGAAGAAAAAUGCAUGUUGUCGAGGCAGUUUCGAAAUCAUGAGUGAUCUUGCCUCUUUCCAGACCCAGGUCUCGUCCCCCUCGCAGUCAUCCCUACUAUCCACACAUGGACUAAAAAAAGAUGUGGUGAGUAAAUGGUACUCUAGAAUGGACUGUCGACCGAGUCAGCUGGUCAACAAUGUCGUUCUCUACGCCCUUCGAAGGGGGGUUCGUGUCAACAUAAUGUGGACGACACGCCCGGAACCCUUCCGAGGCCAUUCCGGGCGCCGUUCC